UACCAGAGCGUCACGUUCACUGUGUGGGUUAUCAAUACAGUGAGAAUACACUUCCUGGUGUGACCUGGGUAGGGUGGGACCUGUAUCAGGGAAGGUAAUAUUAUGCUGCCCUGGUUUCAUACUGCGUGACACUGUUUCAAGGACAAUGACUGUUGGACCUGUCAGCUAACUGGAGUAUAUCGUUCACAGCUGUUCUUGUGUAAGAACACACGUCACGAGGACAAGGAACCUGCCACCUCUGGGUAGAAAGUGAAAUACGAUACUUCCCGCUGGUUAUAGUGUUCACAGCGCACGAACAGCCUCCAGUCUGGCAGGUUCUAACUUGAGUACACCAAAUACGAAGGCAAACAGAUAUGUGUUUCAUAUGUGCAGCCUACCUCGUCCUUGUCACCAUGACGCGUGCAGCCCCGACUGGAAGUACAUGCUGCUAUGAUACCAAUGUUGAUUCGUUGAGCGCCUACUGUGUAAAGGAAGGGGCAGGGACGACGCUCGCUCCUCCGGACAAAAUAUUUCUGAAUGUUACCUUCUUGGAAGAAACAAGUUGCAAGCGAUCAUGUUUCCUCGUUGUGGAAACAUGGCCCUGGGCAAAGUGCAAUCAGAGUGUGUCUGCAGGAGGCAACUGUAGACUUGAAAACGUCAACAAACUAACAUGCAACAUGUCAAAGGAGUGUUCCAAGCUACGGUGUUGGGUCAAACAACUGAUUAUUACAACAACCAGUACAAACCAAACAGGUGCCCCUCAGCAGAUAGACGUAGAUUUCGAAUGCAAAGUUCGGAGUCAAGUGAAUGGUGCAUGUAGAGGACCAGUUGAGUUGUCAUGUUCCUUUACCCUAUCUGAAAUGCGGAUCUGUGGGAUGCAAUGUCCGAAAUCAAUAAGGUGCGACUUCGUGGCGGAAUUCAAUAAAUGUACAACAGAGAUCAAUGAUACAACAUCAGCCACAACCACCAGUGAUACAACCACGUCCACUGCGGCCUCAACCACAACCACCCGUAAUACAACCACGUCCACUGCGGCCUCAACCACAACCACCCGUGCUACAACCACUACCACUGCGGCCUCAACCACAACCACCCGUAAUACAACCACUACCACUGCGGCCUCAACCACAACCACCCGUAAUACAACCACUACCACUGCGGCCUCAGCCACAACCUCUGGAGCUACAGUCUCCAGUAAAACCUCUCAACCAACUGGUCCAGCCAAGGACAAGCGGGACUCACCUAAGAUGGGAGUGCUCGUCGGAGCUGUCGUUGGAGGACUCGUUGGAGGUGUCGUCAUCGCGGUUGUCGUCGUACUCCUUUGGCGUGUAUGUGGCUCCAGGCGAAGACAUACAGAAGACGGAGCCAAGCCGACUGGUUCCCGCACAUCUCUAGGACUGAUUCCCACAAACACUUCCUCGCCUGGUACAGAUGUCCUGGCAUCAACUGUCCCCGAUGUCAUCAAGGUGUCAGCUGCACAACAAGUACCCUGUGACCUCACAGAUGAGUAUGACGUCAUCGUAGAGGGAGGCGACAACGGGCUGGGGGUGGCUCCCUCUGCCGGCGACCAGGGGGACUACGUGGACAUCACAGAUGAUAUGACUGGGGCGGCUGUGUAUUCCCUAGCGCAGCAAGUCCCGGUGAAACAGGUGAAGGGCGGUACUCCAGCUGGCAGAGUACUUCUGAGACCACGCCUGGCGUAGUUCUGGAGAAGGGAGACGCUUGGCAGAUGACGACAUACAACAGACUGGACGAGGGGUGACGCUCCUGAGACCACGCCUGGCGUAGAUAGUAC